AUGCUUUUAGGAUAAAAAUAUAAAAUAAUUAAAAAAUACUUUGAUUCCCGAUAAGAUUUCGAAAUAAUACAUAAUUUCUUACCUUAAUAGACUGAUUUUUACUUUAAAUUUACUGAUUUUAACUAUUAAUAGAAUUAUAAACUACAUAAAAAUGGCGAAUAGUUAAUUAAUCAUAUAUAAAAUAUAAAAAACCUGCUUUCAAAUAAAGAUUCUUUUAUAAAAACAUUAAAAGAAUAUGAUAAUAACCCAAAUAAUCAUUUCAACAAAUUAAUAAAUUCAACUCAUUUCUUAUUCGAAUCAUAUAUAUUUGAUUUAAAAGCAACUAAUUAAAAUGAACAAGAAAAAUAUUUUUUUGAAAAAGUAAACUCGAAUUUUUGGAUUGCUAAAAAUCCAAAAGGAACAUAAGGAAAAGAUAUAAAAUUAUUUAAAAAUGUCAAUGAAUUAAAAGAUUAAAUAAAAUAAUUAAAAUAAAACUAAUAAUAAAGUACAAAUAAAACCACUUCUAUGUAUUCUUUUGUUUAAAAAUACUUAGAAAAGCCUCUACUUAUCUAUAAUCAUAAAAACGAUUUAAGAAGUUAUAUUUUAAUUGCCAGUAUAAAACCUUUUGUAGUUUUAUAUUAAGACGGUCAUUUCAGAAAAUGUAUAGAAGAGUAUAAUUUAGAAAGUUUCGUAUAAUUUGAUAUAAAAUAAUCCCAAAUGCAUUUAACAAACAGAUAAAAUUAAAGUAGUCAUAAAGAUUUUAAUAAAAUAAAAGAGUCGUUAACUCUUUCAAUAGAAGAAUAUAAAAAUUAUUUAAAAAAAGAAAAAAACUUAAAAGAAAAUGAUAUAUAAUAAAUAUUUAUUUCAUGUCGGAAAGCAGCAUUAUAUAGUAUUUUAGCAGCCAAAGAUAGAAUAGGCAAAAAAAAAGGACAAUUUUAACUUCUAGGAUUGGAUUUGAUAAUUGAUGAAAAUUUAAAAUGUUAUAUAUUAGAAUUUAACACAAAUCCAGCCUUUUUUAUGGAAUAAUAAAUUGAUUUUAAAAUAACUCCGUAAUUGGUAUAAUCGCAUUUAGAUAUUAUAAUAGAAAGUCAUGAAACGAAUUCUCAAUAUUAUUGGAAAAAUGCAAAUAAGAGAUAAUUGGGUUAAUGGGAAGUAUUAUAUAAUGAAGCAACUAAUUAUAAUUUAUUAAUUAAUAAAUGA